GCUGCAUCUUUCUUUGCCACAGAGGCGGCGGUGGCAGGGGGAAAAAAAAACGAGUCCUUGAGGGGAAAGUGGGUGACGCUCGGAUGUCAGCGGCUCCAGUGAGUGCCUAGGUGUCCAGCCUUCGUCCCCACCGGAAAGGUGAGGGAUCCCACAGACCACUGGCAGAGUCUAGGAUGUCAAUGGAUAUUAUAAAGGGAAAGCUGGAUGGAAUUUCAAAACCAGCCUCAAGUUCAAGAUCAUGUCCAGGGAGCAGAAGUUCAACGGCUUCUCUGGAGGUGCUCCCACCAGAACCUGGGUCCUUCAAGAUUGACAUGCUAAACCAGUUGAAUUCUAGUACAGAGAGCCACUCCUCAAACAGUGGCGUGGAGAGAAGAAGAAGUAGUAGUAAUUAUGAGAAGUGGGCACAGUACUUCAGAAACACAAAGUCAGCCAAGGAGAGCUCAAAUGAAGACCCCGGCUUGGCCCAUCGUCAGCUAUUCCCUGAGCACCCAGCUGAUCUCAAAUUAGAAAAACUGGAUGCCCAACUUCAAAGUGCUAUCCAAAAGAUGCACAAAUUUGAUAAGAUAUUGGCCAAAAGGCAAUGUAGAGAGAAGGAAGUUAAAAAGCAAGGCGUGGAAAUGAGACAGAAGCUGUGGGAGGGGCUCAAGUCUGCAAAAAACACUGAAGACUUGGAAAGUGAUGAGGAGUUGGAAAACACUAAAAAGUUUUUGUGUUUGACUUCAAAGUCUGCAGGAGCAUCAGACGUAGAGCCUGUGCGCUGUGAAUUUGAAGAUACCCUUUUCUCAGUGUUUCACACUCAGAUUCCUAUAGAAACUUACGAAAAGCAUGCAAAGAAUGUCAAGAAGGAUUUUACCUGUGAUGUGGAAAAAAUUGAGCCAUUGGUCAAAACAGAAAGGAAUACAGAAAGGAUUGAGCCUAGGAGUAAACACAGCCAGGACUUUAUUAAGCGAAACAUUGAGUUGGCCAAGAGUUCAAGAAGCCCAGUGGUUAUGAUUGACAGGGAGAAGAAGAGGCUGGAUGAACUCCUGAGAGGCUUGGAUGACACAGAUUCAGGACUGUCCAGUUCUGAGGGCGAUCAGUGUGGUUGGCUGGUCCCAGGAGAAGGCUAUACCCUUGCCGACACCGUGUCUCAGCAACUUGCUGAGAUUGACACAAAGCUUCAGGAAUUCUCUGUAGUCUCUCCAACCGUCUUCAGCCUUUCUCCAAGACUCGAAAGUCAGAGCAAUAAGGAGCCUGACCCCGAGGAAGAAGAGAAGAAUACGGAACCAACUCUAGGAGAAAAGAUACUCCGGGACAACAAAAAGCAAAGGGAUCAGCAGUCUCGGCUGAGAGCCAUCGAUGGGGAGCUGAGAGAGCUCAACGAACAGUUAAACUCCACAUUACGUCUUUCUGAGGAGCGGCUGAAAUGUCUUCUGGAUGAGUGUGUAUCCCAACAGAAACGCAUCCGUCUUGCCCUUUCUUCUAAAGCACAAAACCAAGAUAUUGAAAUAGCGCUCGAGCCUCCACAGCUUUGCCCAUCUACCCUCUGUGAGUUACUGGAUGAGUCCAAAGCCAGGGACCAGAGAACCCAGCCAGAUUAUGCAAACAAGCCUGAGGAGGAGGGGUGCGCAUCUCCCCUGGGUUUCUAUCUCACCAAAGCCUUGGCUGGGCACUACAAUCCAGAAGCUCUGCUCGUCGAAGUAGAGACCAUGAAAGGCCUCCAGUUCUCAGAGGAGGAGGCUUUCAGUGAUGUAGCAGACUAUUAUAUGUCAAAGACCAUUGGCAUCGGGAGACUGAAAAAGCCCCCUUUCUUGGAUGAUCCCCUGGAUGACAUCUACAUGAACUUCUCAGAUGACCAACUCUUGAAACUCAGCCGUUCAGAGAAAUCACUAGCAGAUGAACAGCAGCCCGAAGAUUCUGUGGAUGAAUGAAAAGAAUGUGAAGCAUAACUUUCUAGGGUGAAGCUUAACAAAGUUGGAAAUUAACUUGCAGUGUAUUUUUUCCUGUGUUCUUUGUAUUCAGUGAAUGCAUCCUAGAGCCAAAUGAUUUCAACAUUUGGAUUCCCUUCUUUGCUGAUUAUAUUUCUUUGAUAUUUUUGAAACUUGGGGUGUAAAUGUUUGGCGGGUUUUAGUCAUGGAAAUUCCUGGGAAAUUAGUUUACAACUAUAUUGCUAAUCUUACAAUCUUAAGGAUACUGUAUAAAAACCAACAUUGUAACGUAUGCAUGCUGUACUAAGUCUAGUGGGCAUGAAUUCAUUGCUUUCUAUUUGUCACUUUUGGAGGGGCAGUGCUGGGGAUUGAACUUAUGACCUUGUGCUUUUGGGUCAGGCACUCUGUCACUAAGCUGUACCCAUCCCUCUACAUUGGGUUUUCUGUGUUUCAACUCUGUGAUGAUACAGGUGGCUUUCUCUUCUGCCUUUGUUUUCCCUUCUUUCUGCCCAUCCAAUGUUCGUCCAUCAGAACAGCUCAACUUGGGAAGAAAUAAGCUCCUGAAACAAAGGAAUGUUGACAGAGUCUGUGCUAUCCUGCUAGCAAUGAUAGCUUUCUUUUUUAUUGAUUUAUUAUUUAUUACAAUUUAUUCACUUUGUAUCACAGCUGUAAACCCUUCCCUCAUCUCCUCCCUGUCCCACCCUACCUCCCUCUUCCCCCACUAUGUCCCUUCCCCAGUCCACUGAUAGGGGAGGUCCUCCUCCUCUACUAUAUGACCCUAGCCUAUCAGGUUUCAUCAGGACUGGCUGCAUCUUCUUCCUCUGUGGCCUGGCAAGGCUCCCCCCUUCUUAAGUUAAGUGUGAUAGAUUAUUUAUCACUCUUACUUUAUGUUCUUCUGAAGUUUGGGCCUUUGGCAUGCAGGGAAUAAAGGUGAACCUUAUUAAAAGAAAGUCUGCAGCAUUAUCUCAAGGGAGAAGGUUUGUCCAGUUCUGAGCUAGUAAUUUGAUCUCCUGAGAAGGUUUUCUGGCCACACAUGUACGUUGUGUUGGCCUCAUAGAUGGAAGUCUAGUUUAUUUCUAGUUCAUCAUAAGCUGACUGUGGCCCCAACUUUAACACAGUUUGGAUUACUGCAGGUACAGCAGUGCUCAUUUUUGCCAGCAUGCCUUUGUUGGCCCUGCUUGAUAUUAAUGAUUGCUUACGUAUUUCCCUGACUUGUUGAAAUGAGGAAAUCUAUAGCUACUAUUUUAAAGGGCAUCCACAUUCCUAUGGACAUCUUUAU